AUGGCCGGGACGGCAGAUCAGAACCCGUAUACGCUCUUCGGGGGCGACAAGUACGUGCAGUCUUUCUGGAUGAUGACGAGUGAUGGCGCAGCUGAUCGGGUGCGCAUCGCAGGGGAUGGAGUUCGAAGGACUGGACUGCCUCCGAUGACCGCGUUCGUGGCGGCAAAUCUGAGGUAUGCUCGUGCCAGCCAGCCAGCCUUCCAUCACACAAGAUCGGCCAGCCGCUGAUGGUGGCUAUAGUCGCACCUGGAGUGUACCACAAACGACAUUGGUCGCUUCUGGGGAAACCUGGACAUCGAGACUCUGGGAGGCGCGGGCUUCGCUUCGCAGAGGACUACCGGCGACGACCGCGCGUGGGACUUGUCCGGGUACGCCGGAGUACAGAUCUGUAUCGAAAAGGGCGAUAGUAUGUGUCCGUCCAUAUCUACUUGCGGCGGGCUGCGAUUUCGCGCGCGCGAAGACUAAUUCGGUGGUGGCAGAGAGACGCUACACCUUCAACCUCAAAGACGAAUUGCUUCCUCCAGACCCAGACACGGGGCGAGAGCAGUCUACCGUCUCGUACGAAUGCGACUUUGAACUCCCGCCCCAAGCGCAGCCAGGCGACACGUACGACAGAUCCGUCUUCAUUCCCUGGGCGAGCUUCAAUGCUACGUAUCGCGGCAAACCGAAGAAAGACGCGGGUCCCAUCAAUUUGAAGAAGAUCAAACGAGUGAGCAUCAUGAUGAGAAGGUUCGGAAAUUCUCAAGAUGCAUGUCUGUUGUUGUUGUGAUGCAACAUGCUGACCUCUCCGCAGCUUCUUUGGGGCUCAAGAAGGCGAUUUCUCACUCUCGAUGCGCUCUAUCAAUGCGCUCUCGAAGACGCCGUCCUUGUCGAUGUACUCUAUUAUCCCGGCCGGUCAAAACGACCAAAGCACUCUGGAGAAAGGACAGAUUGAUCCUAUCAAUUCAGCCCCGAGUGACGGGCUUGAUGGAUAUCGAGCAUCGUUUUGGAGAGUACGUGAUACCAAAUGUCAAUAUUGUGUCAACAGCACUGAUAUGAAGUCCAGAGCUCUGCUAGCGUCCACAGCAAAUCCACGUAUCUCGCCCUGGGGACAAUCACGCUCAUCGCGCUUUACCUCACUGCCGGACGGUUCAUGCGACCCUGUCCCCCUGAGAAGCUCUUAUAG